GACACGAUGGCCACCCCGAUCAAGUUGAGUUUUUCCGUCAGGAGCAUCCUGGAUCUGCCGGAGCAGGAUGCGGAGGCAGCGACGCGGUCCUCCCCUCUCUACUCCUCCUCCUGCUCCUCCAGCUCACCCUACAGCUCCUGGAUGGACUGCGACCGGAGCCCUUGCAUAUCUUCUGACGAAGGCAGUCUCGAGGCCUCCCCCGACUCGACCAAGCCGGAUGACUCGUCCUUAGACUCGGAGCGCGACAAGAAGAGCAAGAAGAGCAAGAAGCGCCGCGUGCUGUUCUCCAAGGGCCAGACCCUGGAGCUGGAGAGGCGCUUCCGCCAGCAGCGCUACCUGUCCGGCCCGGAGAGGGAGCAGCUGGCCCGGCUCCUCAGCCUGACCCCGACCCAGGUGAAGAUCUGGUUCCAGAACCACCGCUACAAGAUGAAGAGAGGCCGGGCCGAGGGAGCGCUGCACGACUUGGAGAUAGCUCAUCCUCCGAUGCUGCGUCGGGUCGUUGUUCCCAUCCUGGUCCGGGACGGGAAACCUUUUCACACCUGCUUACUUGAAACGGAGAAAGCUGGCUGUUUGCAUCCUUCUCAAGCGGUACAUUUCCCCCUAGGCUACCCGUCCACCGUGGCUCUUCCUCCACGGUACCACCAGCACUUUCCCACCGCGGCGGCCUCCAGAUUCGCCUGGAGAGACUUUUGGAGCGACUCGGUCCACUUUAAUUCUUUCAAGUGA